AUGACAGCACACGAAGCCCUGAACCCUAUCCACCCGGCCGUCCUGCCGCAUUUGGACCCCGUCUUUAUCAAACUCUACAAUGAAAAUGUAGCCAACACCCCAAACAAGCCCAUAGACUUGUCCAUUCUGCGAUCGAAAUAUUCCGUGCUGUACUCUUAUGGUACCGGUCCAGCCCCCGAUCCAGCUAGAGUAUAUGAUGCAACCGUGCCGGGAUAUAAUGGCGAUUUGAUUCCCGUGCGAGUCUACGAGCCUUCGUCUCCGGGGCCGUGGCCGGUGCAUAUUGAUUUUCAUGGCGGUGGCUGGGGUCUUGGCGACCUCGACACUGAAGCUCAUAUCUGCAAGCAUCUGUCCGUCAAGGCAGACGUUUGUGUAAUCGAUAUCGGUUACCGUUUGGUCCCAGAACAGCCGUUCCCCAUUGGUAUCCAAGACUCCUUCGCCGCCCUGCAAUACAUUCAUUCCCAGGGCGGCUCCAAGUUCAACAUCGACACUACCCGCAUCUCCCUUGGCGGCGUCUCAGCUGGAGGAAACAUCGCCCUUAUCGUUGCCCACCUAGCAAGGGAUGCCAGCAUCCCUCUAAACCUCGUUGCGGUGGGCACACCUGUCAUUGACGAUAUCUCCAAGUACGCCUCCGCAAGUGAAUCGCCGUAUCCCUCCGUCCAACAGAUGGAGCACGCGCCCACUCUCAACUGGGCCAGGCUGAAGUGGUUCGAUAAUCUCAAAUGGGAAAGUCUUUCCAGCGAUGUGGAAUUGAGGAAGAAACAAUUGGAUAAAAUCAGUUGGUAUGCGAAUGCAAUGAAUGCGCCUAAUUUUACCAACCUACCCAAGACGGUUAUUUACACUGCCGGCUGUGAUCCGCUACGAGAUGAAGGAGAGGCGUACGCAAUGAAGCUAGUGGAGGGUGGUAAUGAAGUUACGCUCAAGAGAUUUGAAGGCGUACCACAUCCUUUCAUGCAUAUGGAUAAAGACUUAUGGCAGGCGAGGGAGUUUAUAGACAAGACGGCCGCGCACAUCCGUGUUGCUUUACAUUAG